AUGUUUUCAAAGUUCCUGAUAAAUCUGCUAUACAUAGAUAGAUGUAUUAAAUCUCAAUUGUUUUAUCGUUGUUUUCAUAAGAUUGACAAUGAUGUGCUACCUGGAAUUUCAAUAUCUCAUAUAAAACAAAUUUUAAAACAGAAACAGAUUACGAGUAUUGAUGGAUAUUCAUGUAUAUCUGUAGACUGUCCUAUAUGUGACAUAGAAAAAUCCAGAAAAGCAAAGAUUUAUAUUAAUAAGAUAACAGGAUACUUUACAUGUGAUAAAUGUAGUUCUAAAGGUACAUGGGACUUAUUAGAAAGGUUUUUGUUGUUAACAAAGUCAACCAAAUCAAGUAAUACGCAGAAGGAAUUGGAAACUUUAAGGAAUACAAUAACAAUUGAGGAGAAUUUUGCUCCAAAUUGGAAUGACAUAACUAAAUCUAAUCAGUUCAUUUCGAAUUUAUCACCAGACUUAUACCAAGAAAUAGUACAUAAGUUUUCUCUUCCAGAAAUCCCACAACAAGAUAUCUCACAGUUAAGUGGUAUAUAUGCAGCUAAACCAGCAUUGCUGUAUUUUCCAUUAAUUGCUUUUGGCAAUAAUGUUGUAGGUUACAAAAUAAUUUCCAGUGAAUCAGAAUUGGAUCAAACCUUACCUACUUCUAAUGUCGGAGGUUGUGUCAUUUACAGGCAGAAAAACACCAGAAAUGAUGGGACUGCAGUGGUUGUACCGACAAUACAUGAUUUAUUGGCAUUAGUGUUUCAAAAGGCGGCAAAUACAAUUAUCUGUUUGCCAUACAACCUGCAGUAUCUGCCACAGCAACUGUUACCAAGUUUGGAAAAUUUCAAGAAACUGAUUUUAUGGUUUGGAAAUGAUGAGCCCAGCUGGUACACAGCUAAACAGUUUGCUAAGAAAUUAAAUGAGAAAAGAUGCUCUUUUGUAAGGCCAAUAGGCACACAACCUAGACCAAAGUUAGCUGCUGAUAAGGAUUAUAAUCUGAAAAAUAUCUUGACAAAUGCACAACCAAUAUGGCAUAAAAGUAUCACUACCUUUGAUGAUCUCAGACAAGAUAUAUUGUGUGACUUACAAAAUAUAGACAGAGUUCAAGGUGUAAAGUGGAAAAGGUAUCCUACUCUGAAUCGAACUUUAAAAGGUCACAGGAGAGGGGAACUCACAAUUUUAACUGGUCCAACUGGCUGUGGCAAGACUACAUUUAUGAGCGAGUAUUCGUUAGAUUUAGCAAUGCAAGGGGUUAAUACACUGUGGGGUAGUUUUGAAAUUAGGAAUGCACGCUUAGCAAAAACUAUGUUGCAACAAAUGAUAGAGGUGUCUCUAGAAGAAAACUUGGACCAAUUUAAUACAUAUGCAGAUGUUUUCAAUAAGUUGCCAAUUUAUUUUAUGACUUUUCAUGGUCAACAGAGCAUCAAAAUUGUAAUGGAUGCAGUUCAACACGCAACAUACGUACAUGAUAUAGCUCACGUGAUAAUUGAUAACAUGCAAUUUAUGAUGGGUGUAUCAGAAGAUUCAAAAACUAAUAGAUUUUGGAAGCAAGAUAAAAUUAUAGAAGAAUUUAGAAAUUUUGCUACCAAAUAUAAUUGUCACGUGACUCUGGUCAUACAUCCGAGGAAGGAGAGAGAUGAUGAAUUGACGAAUUCGUCCAUAUUUGGCAGUGCCAAAGCAAGCCAAGAAGCUGAUAAUGUAUUAAUUAUACAAGAUAAAAGACUUACUAAUAUCAGAGGAAAGAAGUAUUUGCAGAUUACAAAAAACAGGUAUAGUGGAGAUUUAGGAAUAAUGAUAAUGGAAUUUGAUAAAACCAAACUCAGUUACGCAGAGAAGAAGAAGGUGAAAUCAGAAGUAAAGGAAGAAGUAAAAAAAGCUCAUGAUAACGAAUAAAAAGAAGAAAUCUGAAGAUCAUUUGCUAAUAAAGACAUAUUUUUAAUAUACACUGUGUAGAUUUAUACAAUAUUUUUUCACAGGAUAUGAAAACUAGAAUUGUAUCUUAUACAAUGUAAAAGAACU